UCUCAAAAUCUCCGGCGGUUUUUAGGAGCAAGCGUCAUCAAAUCAAAACGGCGCCGUAUCAUCGCCGUGAUUUUAUCUUUUGCAAUCGUUUGACCUUUUUACUUCCCCACGAGCCUCAUCGCAACGAUAGUCUCCUUCUCCUCUUCUUGACUGCUUCCUCCUCUCUACUUGUAAAGGCGCUGACUUUGAGGUGGUGGAAGAAUGGGUAGUUCGUUUAAUGCUCAGGUUUUAGCUGAGAAGCUUGCCAAACUCAACAGUUCUCAAGCAAGCAUACAGACUUUAUCACAUUGGUGUAUCUUUCACAUGAACAAGGCGAAACAUGUUGUGGAAACAUGGGGCAGGCAGUUUCAUUGCUCCCCGCGUGAGCAGCGGUUGGCCUACUUGUACCUUGCGAAUGAUAUCUUGCAGAACAGUAGGCGAAGAGGUUCAGAGUUUGUUGGUGAGUUUUGGAAUGUGCUCCCUGAUGCUCUUCGUGAUGUGAUUGAAAAUGGUGAUGACUCUGAAAGAAAAUCUGCGCUUCGAUUGGUUAAUAUAUGGGAAGAAAGGAAGGUUUUUGGAUCUAGUGGACAGAUUCUAAAAGAAGAAAUUCUGAAAAAGCAUCCUGAAAAUGGAACCAGAAACGGUGGGCUCGUGCCACUUAAGCUUAAACAGGUCAAUGUAACUCCGUUGGAGAAAGUAGUGUCUGCUGUUGAAGCUCUUCACGGCGUUCAGAUUGAUGAGCAUGAUGUUGUUGGAAAAUGUACUAAUGUUGUGGGUUACCUUGAGAAAGCAGCUCAUGAAGUUGAGAGAGAUCUUAACUCAGGACACACACCUGGCGCCGCGGUUGUGAAGGAGGUGCAGGGACAGCAUACUAUACUGAGAGACUGCAUCGAACAGCUAGGAGCAAUAGAAACAUCCAGAACAAGUCUUAUCUCUCGUUUGAGAGAGGCUUUACAAGAACAGGAACACAAGCUGGAGCAAGUCCGUAGCCACCUUCAGGUUGCUCGGUUUCAAUCAGACCGAACUACUGAUCUCUGCAAACAGCUUCUAGACCAUGGCAGUAGCUCACAACCUCCUCCUGCUACAGAAGAAGAGUCAAAAGAAGUCAUCAAAGUUUCAUUCACUGCAUCUGCACCGGUUAUGUUUGCUUCGAACCCACCAACUCAGUCAGUGGUAGUAGACCCAAGAAAAACUGAAGCCGCCGCAAUGGUAGCUAAGCUAACCGCAUCAACCUCCUCAGCCGAGAUGCUCUCCUACGUUCUCUCCUCCUUUGCCUCUGAAGGCAUCAUCGGAAACAACAACCCACCUGCUAUAACAGAACCUCCAUCAUCAGACGUAUACCCGCCAGAGAAAAGGCCCAAACUUCAAAACCUUGACCAGUCCUAUCUCCAACAGAACACAUCCACAGCCACCACCAGUCCUCUACCUCCACCACCACCACCACCAGCGUUCCAGCUACAGCCUCAGUUCUUGCAGCCGUUACAGCCUCCUGGUCCUGUAAACCAGACACCAUUCACCUACACCACUCAACAACAACAGCAAGGUCCUUGGAUUCCUGGACUCACCUCGCUUCCAACAACCUCUGCUCCAUCCGAUAAUUCAUACCAAAAGUUUCAGGGACAAGAUGGUUUCUAUGGAACUAACUCACCGUCCUCUAUGACACCUAUUACUCGGCAGUGAAGAAUCUAUUUUGUAGGGUUAAGAGACCAAAAAGCUUACUUCUUUGGUGUUGUUAAAAGUACAGUAUUAAUGGGUGUUUGAUAGGAUUUGAAAUGUGCAAGUCUAACUAUAUGCUUCUUCUGCAUAUAUCUUCUGUCUGUAAACUUUAACAUUUCUUUUACUGUGAAGAUUAGACUUUUUCAAUUAUCUCAUCUAUGAAACUUGGAAGAUUCGUUUAGCUCUUCUUUUCAAGAC